AUGGAUUCUCUGUUGGACUCGUUGGAGACAUCGCUUGUCGUGGGCCCUCCUGAACCUCCACCGCCAGGCCCUCCAGAUUUUCUGAACACAGUGCUUGGCACUCCACUUGAAGGGAAAAAGCCUGGCACAUCAGCGAUAGAAUCUCUUGUGUCGCCGGAUCCCGACCGUCCAUAUGUCACCCUCACAUUUGCUCAGUCUCUGGAUGCAAAGAUCGCAGGUAAGGCUGGGCUGCAGCUGAUCUUGAGUGGGGAGGAAAGUAUGAAAAUGACGCAUUGGAUGCGGACCAUGCACGAUGGGAUUUUGAUCGGCGUUGGCACCGCAUUGAAUGAUAAUCCUCAGUUGAACGUCCGACACCUGCCAUUCCCCUCGCAGGAAUCUCAUUUCCGCUACUAUCAUCACCCUCGUCCUCUGAUUCUCGACUCCAACCUACGAGUCCCACCCAAAUGCAAGCUCAUCGCCAAUGCCGCUCUCGGAGCCGGCAUAACUCCUUGGGUCGUUUCGUCUCGUCCACAGAAAGUGGACGGAUUUUGGGCGAACGAGGAUGAAGAGGCUAAAGCCAAAGCUUGGGAAGAAAGGAAAUCGGUCCUAGAAAGAGCAGGCGUCAAAGUCAUCUUGAUCGAGCGGCAACCUCUUCACCUACCAUUACCAGAAGUGCUGCAAGCCAUACGCUCGGAAGGCAUCCGAUCUGUCAUGGUGGAGGGUGGCGCUCAGGUCAUCAAGUCUUUUCUAUCGUCUUCGUCCGAACAUGGUUUGGUUGACACUCUCGUCAUCACGGUCGCCCCUGUUAUCGUCGGCGCACAUGGCAUUGGAUAUGCCGAUGGGAUCGAGAACAUUCCGGGGCUGCGCCACCUGAGGACGGAGGUGAUGGGGAGGGAUACCGUCGUCGGCAUGAACGUAGUGUCCUGA